AUGACAUAUUACCACUACAAUCCUCAUUAUGGCGUCCAUGCACAGGACACGAACUCUAUCCACCCGCUCGAGGCCACCUUUGACGAGCUCCUCAGUACAUCCUACGAAGUCUACCUCCUCCAAGAAUCCCUCUCUAAUGCACUCGACACCUCUCAAUCUCAUCAGUCGCAUUCAAAGCGCCUCGAGUCUCUUCUCGCUCAGGAACAACACAAGUCCGCGCUCGCAACGAGGGAGCUGAAACAAUACCUCCGUCGUCACUCCUUCUUAUAUACCGAUUCAAAUGACAACGGCUCAGGCAAUCUCGCGCGUGGAGGGAAGAUGAUGAUGACCCGGGGACAGAUCUUGGGCCUGGGGAUAUAUGCCCUUGGGUUAACAUAUAAGCUUGCGCGCAUGCUGGGCCGGAAGCUAGCGGACAAGACUUUGGCUGUGAUCCACCUGCGAGAAGAUCUCGCCGCACUGAAGUCGAAACAUCAGAACCUCCUCUUCGCUAAUACCAUCCUCAAAUCCCAGGUCAUGUCGCUCACCGCCCAGGCAUCGGCUGCUGCAGCGACUCAAACCACACUUUCCCGUAAACUCAUGGCCUUGCACAUCCAACAUUCGGCGUCGCUUCAGGCUCGUCAGAAAGCCGCGCAGGGCAUGAUCGAGAUGAGAAACAAGAUGGAGACGGAACGGAGGAUAGAAUCGGAAAGGAUGACCGGGAUCCUUAACGGCUUACGGAAGUACGCGACAUCGGCAGGGGAACAAUUAAAAGAUAAUGCGAAGAAAGCUGAGGAGAUGCAGAAGGAUUUGAACGAGGAAGUGAAAAAAAGACAAUCGAUGGAGGGUGCCUUGAGGCUCGCGUCUGGCAAUAAUGCGGUCUUAGGUGGGGAGUUGACGCAUGUAAGGGGACAGGUGAAAGAGUUGGAGGAACAGUUGAGGAGGCAGACGGCGGAUUUGGCGGAAAUGAGGGCGGCGAGGGAGACAUUGCGUGUGGCGCACGAGGAGUCUACGCAUCGACUCAGCAAGACCAUAGACGAUCUUCAAGGCUCGCGUGCAACACUUACAGACCUCACCGCUAAAAAUGUGUCCCUCGCUUCUUCGCACGCCUCUGUCGGCUCUCUGCUCCAGGAUACUUUAUCCAACCUGGCUAGUCUUCAAACGGAGAACUCUGAAACCAUCCGCGCCACGGGUAUCUCUUUGGCGUUGUUCGCGAGGCAUGUCGACCAGGAAAGAAGGCGGGUCGAAGAGGAGAAAGUGAGAGACAUGGAGCCCGUGAGGGAAUUCAUGAGGGACAUCCGGAUGAGGGUAGCCAGGGCCGACAGGUAUAUUCUCAACCAGCUUGAACCAACGUGUGAGACACCAGAAAGGGCAGGCAAUGUCGGUAACGAUAGUGGGAAGGGAAUGGGUAGGGGAUUCUUGCCUACACCACCGUCUUCGGAUGUGCAACCUUCGAGGUUGUCCAGAGGAAAAGACGAUGAGAGGGAUUCAGAUCCUUUCAGUAUUCCUCAAACUGCCCCACGCCCUCGCCACAACGGCGUUGCUUCUCCCGAACUCUUACAAGCUGCUGCUUCGUAUACCAUGCUCGCUCAGCUGAUGGGAGAAACUCCAGAGACACCUCGAUCUCUCUUCCAUUCGACCACUGCUUGA